AUGGCGCUGGUGGCGCCGCCGCUGGGCGCGGGCUCGGCGUGGCGCGACCCCGCGUCCGGCGUCGUGCUGCACCACCCGGCCGCCGCCCCGGCGCCCGCGCCGCCCCCGCCCGCCCCCGACGAGUUGGUGCUCAGCUCGACGCCCGGCUCCGCGUCGGCCAGCUCCGGGGGCGGCGGCGGCGGCUCGCAGAUCGUCGUCGGCUCGUCGCAGAGCGGUACCGGCUCCAACUCCUCGGACAAGGGCCAGAACAUCGAGUGCGUCGUCUGCGGCGACAAGUCCAGCGGCAAGCACUACGGCCAGUUCACGUGCGAAGUAAAUUCCCGUGUUUCUGCUGAUGCUGGAUCACUAGUUAAGAAGACCAAACAGCUAAGGCAGUAUUAUCUGCAGCAGAAGCGCGGCGCGGUAUCUGCCCGCCAGUCUGCGUCGCCUUUCCAGAGGGCCCGGGCCACGCGCCAGACAUCGGACAGAGUUAGCGGCUCUCGCUCGGCGCACUCUGCCUUUGAGACUGGAUUUCACGGCUGCACCCUUCCGGCGCAGCUGCCGGUGGCUGUGAGGCGAUGCGAGGCGAGAGCAGCCGUCACCGGCUGGCGGUGCGGCCGAACAGGUUCCCCGCGGCUGUGCUCGGUCACGCGACUGGCACGCUCCCGGGAUGCUGGCGACACGGGCACGCGCGGCGCCAGCACGCGACUCUGCUCCGGUGUCCCUCACGGCUCUGCCCUCGCUCCAGAGGCAGGCAGCCAAUUUCUGGUCCUCCCAAAGAGCGACCGCGUGAGCCGGCCGUGCUCGGGGCACAGCGACCGAGAAACACCGUACAGCCGGCUCGGUACUACAGGCUGUCAUAGCUGUCUCACCCGCGCCAAAUAA